AAGGGGGUGGGGCUCCCUGGGUUGUGUUGUUGUUAUGACUCCUCCUGAGCUUGAAGAACGGCUGAGGAGCGCGGGAAGAGGGAGCGUGGGGUCUUCCAGUUUGUCCCCCGGGGCCAAAUAUUCGCUGUGGAGGGCGGCGUCGGACCUUCCGCUGCAUCGCGUGAGCGAUAGACUGUCAGUCGGCCAUUUGCAGCCACGGUCCUCACGAGACAGAUAUAGAGUCACACAUGUCAGUCAAAGAGACGGAAAACUUCCGCUAAUCGACAGCUCCCUCUUUCUUCAAAGACACGAAAAACCGACAGGAAAAACCGCCAAACCAACUACAACACCACAACACUACUUGUUUCAAGAGAGAUUGUACAAUCUUCCACCACCACUAUGUCACGAAAAAGAAACUGAUUGUGUGGAUUUCGUUCUUUCAAAAACUGGUGCAGAAAGGGUUCCCUAUCAGCCAAUACAACCAUCUCGGCUGGGGCAAGGUCACUCACUAACUGGACUUCCAUGUACUCAGACAAUAAGCAGAGACAUCACGACAUUGUAGAUCCUACGGCUAAGAGUUUAGGAGGUUCUGACGGGGUUAAAGUGGGAAACCAAGGGGUUAAACUGGUAACGGACAGAGGAAAACAGGAUUUACUUGUUCUGCAGAGUACCGGUCGUAACUCUGUGAGUAAACAUCCAGCGAAACGAUAUAGAAGAUCAAAGCCAAAGAGUCAUGUGACUGAUCACAUGACUAGUUGUUAUGGCGAUGUAUCUCCACCUCCUUCCCCUCCAUACAAAGACCUCAGAAUAGGCUUUUGACCACAAUAAUUGUGCAAAACCUUCUCCAUAAUGUUGUUGCCUUUCCCUCGCACUAGCGACUUGGCUCUGAGUUGGAAGAGAGUUGUGUUCAAGCAUACUGUGACUGAUGAUGACACAAUAAU